AGUCAUCUGUGAACCCUAGCACGUAUCAAUUGCUUAGGAAAUAUUCGUCGUUCAGUCACUAUAUAUAGUGAGUAUAUUUAUUUAUUUAUUAGUUCUCAUUGAAUUUCCGCAAUGCACCUGCAAGCGUUGAGGCUUGCCUUGCUGUGCUCUGUACUGGGAGCUCUGACGCAGGUGCGGCCGGUGGAUGGGGCUAAGAUAUUAGCUGUGUAUGCGUUUCCAGGUAAAAGUCAUUACAUGAUGCACACGGCGCUGAUAAGGGAGCUUAUCGAGAGCGGACAUCAAGUCACGAUGAUUGCUGCAUUUUCACUCGAAUCUCAGCAGUUGGGCAGCAACUACACAGAACUACUGAUAGAGCCUGUCUAUGAUUUCUGGCAUGAUGUGAAGCUGAACUUUGGCGUACAGCAUCUGUUUGAUUUGACGCGCAUGAAGAACUAUGAUUUUCUCAAAAUGCUCGAAAUUAUUGGAUUAAAGACAACGGAACAUGCGCUGCUGCAGCCCAAAGUUCAGUCAUUGAUCCAUGCUACUGAGACGGAGGGAGUUUUCGAUCUGCUGCUCGCAGAGCAAUUCUAUCAGGAGGCCUUCCUGGCUCUGGCUUACAAGUACAAUAUACCGAUUGUUACCACCAGCACCUUGGGCUAUGAGAAUCACAUGAGCCAAAUGAUGGGCCUGAUAACACCCUGGUCUUUUGUGCCGCACGGCUUUAUGCCUUUCACCGAUCGCAUGUCCUUUUUGGAGCGCUUGAGAAACACAUAUGUUUCACUGUACGAGGACUUGGAUCGCCUGUACAAUUACUUUCCCAAAAUGGAUAACCUUGCCAAGCAGCACUUUGGAAAUGUAUUGGCUGAUGUGCCCAAAGUCAGGCAAAUGGAGAAACAAAUCUCGGUAAUGCUGCUAAAUAGUCACGCACCGCUGACAACGGCACGUCCCACUGUGGAUGCGAUGGUCCCAGUGGCUGGCAUGCAUAUCUAUCCGCCCAAGCAGUUGCCCGCAGAUAUGCAAAGUUUUCUCGAUGCGGCAACAGAUGGUGCCAUCUUCUUCAGCCUGGGCAGUAAUGUGCAGAGCAAGGAGAUGCCGGCGGACAUGUUGCGUCUGUUCCUGCGUGUCUUUGGGUCCCUCAAGCAGCGCGUGCUCUGGAAAUUUGAGGAUGAUUCGAUUGGUCAGCUGCCGGAGAAUGUGAUGAUACGCAAGUGGUUGCCACAGGUGGACAUCUUGGCUCAUCCGAAUGUCAAAGUGUUUAUCACACAUGGCGGUCUAUUUGGCACACAGGAGGGUGUCCAUUAUGCUGUGCCCAUGCUGGGCAUACCCUUCUACUGUGAUCAGCACCUGAACAUGAACAAAGCUGUGCUGGGUGGCUAUGCGAUCAGUUUGCACUUUCAAUCGAUUACAGAUGACCUUCUGCGGAAUUCGCUGUUGCAGCUCAUCCACAAUUCUAGCUACCAGGAGCAGGUGCAGCGCGUCUCCCGCAUCUUCCGCGAUCGUCCAAUACAGCCACGCAAGAGCGCCGUUUACUGGAUCGAGUAUGUGAUCAAGCACAAGGGUGCACCACACAUGCGUUCCGCGGGGCUCGAUCUCGAGUGGUAUCAGUUCUAUCUGCUCGAUGUGAUUGCCUUUGUGACAGUCAUCGCCUUGGCUUGUGUUCUGCUCCCGCUGUUGGCCAUUCGCCUGUUGAGGAAGAGCGACAAACAGCAUAUGAAAAUCAAAGGAAAUUAAAUUACUGAAUUAGUAAUUAAUAUUGCUAUAUUAACAAAUCAAAUGCAAUUAACAUUUAUUAACAUUAAUCAAUUUAAGUAUGCACUUUAAUUGUUUAAUUUGUGCCUGUUUUAGGUGAUAACAUUUGCUUCCAUAUAUUUCUAACACACUUGCAAAACUAUUGACUCAUCAGCCAAGGACAGAUAAUCACUUCUAAUUUUGACUUAAGUAGUUUACUCAAUAAACAUCCAAUUAAUUACCAAAAAUA